CUCUCCACAUCUUAAGCCCAUCACCUCCCUCCUCCCUUCCCCUUUAUGCCCUCUUAACUCCUCUCCGUCACCACCACCACACACUCCUCUCUCUCUCUCUCUCUCUCUCUCUCUCUCCCCAUGGCAGCCAAGUCUUUCCAAUCCAUACGCCACAAUCACCACUCACCCCUCCUCCACCACCACCAUAUAGACAAUGCUCCCUCCACCUUCUUCCUUAAACCGACCACCACAAACACCCUAACUUCUCCUCUCUCUCAUCACUUUCUCUUCUCCACCAAAACUUUCUCAAUCUCCGCCACCACAUCAUUCUCCACACCCUCUUCCUCCACCCAAGCCACCUCCUUCGACCUCCUAGAACAACACCUCUCCGCCCAAAACUUCCGCGAAGCCGACGAGGAGACCCGCCGCCUCCUCAUAGUCCUCGCCGGAGAACAAGCCCAGAAGCGAGGCUACGUCUUCUUCUCCGAGGUCCAGUUCAUCUCCGAAGCCGACCUCCAAGCCAUCGACGCCCUAUGGAGACAGCACAGCAACAACAAAUUCGGGUACAGCGUCCAGAAAAAAAUUUACGACAAGGUAGGCGACGACUUCACCAAGUUCUUCAUCAAGGUAGGGUGGAUGAAGAAGCUUGACACAGAAGUUUUGCAAUACAACUAUAGGGCAUUUCCCGGUGAGUUCAUCUGGGAGCUCAAUGAGAGCACUCCGGAGGGUCAUCUGCCAUUGACAAAUGCUUUGAGAGGUACCCAGUUGCUUAAAAGCAUUUUAAACCAUCCAGCUUUCAAGCCCACUGAAGAAGAAGUGCUUCUAGAAAAAGCUGCUGCUGAAGCCGAAGGUAACAUUGGAGUAACAGGUUUGAAGGGUUUCAUGGAUGGCUCCAAAAGCAAAAGAGUGCUCAAAUCAGAUUAUAGCUUUUAAAAUUUGAAAUAUCAUUAUCAUGAUGAAUUUGAAUAUUAUUCUGGAACAUACCUACUAUAUUAUUAUUAUUAUGCACAGAAAAAUUGAAUAACAUUUGGAUUUCUGUAACAA